UCGAAAUCUUCAUGUAGUGGUGGAGCAUGGAGACAUCAGGUUAAUAUCCAAAUUUGCUUCCGAAAUAACGGGCUGCGUUUAACUAACAGCAGCUAACCUGCUUCACUAACACUGAGUAACGAUGGAAUUUCGACUUGACAGAAGAGCAGCCGUUGACUUGUGAAAGCUGUCUGAAUGCGAUUGAGGACGACGAGUGUUUGCAGGCGCUUCACACGGUGUGGCAUACCGAUUGUUUCAGGUGCUCCGUGUGUGACAUUUUGUUGAGCAGCUGGUACUUUGAAGAGGAUGGGAUGCUGUUCUGCAAGAGUGACUACCUGUACAACUACGGCGAGGUGUGCCAGAAUUGCUCGGAAAUUAUUACUGGCCCAGUCAUGGUUGCAGGAGACCACAAAUUUCAUCCCGAAUGCUUCUGCUGUGCAAGCUGUAAUGCAUUUAUUGGGGAUGGAGACGCAUAUGCCUUAGUGGAGCGUUCCAAGCUUUAUUGUGGGCCUUGCUACCGGCACCACAUGCAGCAGCCUCUCAGUCAACACAGUGUCCUGGCUGGGCCACACAGCAUUCAGCUGCUUGAGAUUCCAGCGAGCAGAGGGACGCGCAGCAUCAAGCUGGGCUCACCUUGUCUUGGCCAUCACGGGGUCCACAUCACCGACCUGGAUGUCAGCCCCGACCUCAUGGCAUUGCACAUUGGGGAUAAGAUCCUUGAAGUCAAUGGAACACCUCUCAGCAGCCAGUCACUGGAAGAGGUCGAAGAGCUCAUCAAGUCAACGAACAAGGUGCUGCAUCUGACCAUUGAGCAUGAUCCAAGCAAUGUCCCAAAGUGUCCUCUUCUCUGUCCUCCCCGAAGAAAAGUUUUGAGUGACAAGGAAAGGCGGUACAAAAGAAAGGAUGAAGGUGUCAUGGGCACAAGUGGCACGAGGUCACGCCAGCUGAAGAGAUCCAGUGGUGGCAGGGAGCGCUCCUCAUCUCUUCCCCGUCUACUAGUCAGUGAUUCAUCUGCGAGUGGCAGCCAGCCAUCUUACGACCUCAGCCGAACCAAGUCAUUCCGCGUUGAGCCAAAGAACCAGAGGAUUUUCCGGGCAUCAGACCUGGUCCAAGGAAAGCUCUUGGGAAAAGGCUUUUUUGGCCAAGUGUACCUGGUGACCCACCGUGAGACAGGCGAGGUGAUGGUGGUCAAAGAGUUGCAUCGGUUGGACGAGGAGGCCCAGCGAAACUUCCUCAAAGAGGUGGCCGUGCUGCGUUCCCUGCACCACGAGAACGUGCUGCGCUUCAUUGGUGUGCUGUAUCGAGACAAGCGCCUGCACCUGGUCACAGAGUAUGUCAGUGGGGGAUCCCUGCGCAGCCUGCUCCACGACUCGAGUGAGCCCCUGCCCUGGCUGCAGAGGUUGCGCCUGGCCAGGGACAUUGCUGCAGGAAUGUGCUAUCUUCACUCUAUGAACAUCAUUCACAGAGACCUGAACUCUCAUAACUGCCUGGUCAAAGAGGAUCGAACAGUCGUGGUGGCCGACUUUGGACUGGCUCGUGUCAUGAGUGAGCCCAGUGUGGCCGGGGCUGGCCGCAGGAGCUCUAGUGGCAAGCGCGCCUCUGCUGGUGGUGGAGGGGCCGGCAGCAAACGGCCCGAGCGCAAGAAGCGCUACACGGUUGUGGGCAACCCAUACUGGAUGGCACCCGAAAUGAUGACCGGGAAGCUGUACGACGAGAAGGUGGACCUCUUCUCCUUUGGUAUCGUCCUCUGUGAGAUAAUUGGCAGGGUGCAGGCUGACCCCGACUACUUGCCCCGAAGCAAUGACUUUGGACUCAACACUGUUGUGUUCAAAGAGAAGUUUUGUGCAAGUUGUCCAGAGCCCUUCUACCGCAUUGCCUUCUUAUGCUGUGACAUAGACCCAGAGAAGAGGCCCCCAUUUGAGCUGCUUCAGAAAUGGCUGGAAGGAAUAUCCCUGCACCUCAUUGUGGACAGCCCUCUUCCCAAAGAACUAAUGAGCGACAUAGUUGACUACCAGGGUGCAGUUGUCACCAGUACAGACUCUACACCGGAGUCCAUGACACUGCCCGAAUGCGGACGGCCUCCCUUGAGAACCAUCAGUGAGCAGGCUUUGGAUUCCCCACGGUCAUCACUAGAGUUGGUCUAAAUUGCUGCACUUGUUGAUUUCACCUCAGCAUUUCAUCGUAGCACUCACUAUAGCUCCAUGCAUCAUACCAGUGCUUCCGGAACUGAACUACAGAUGUGUUGUGUACUUCCUUGAACAGAAAUGUCUCUUUGCUGAGACAGUGAGGAGUUUGUAGAGAAGACACACGGUGAAACUUCCCUUGGGAUGUGGCGGUCAUCUUCUCCGGAUCAGAGACACUCGAGAAGGCAAGCAACAACAUUUUCCGUGGCAUCACUGACGGUGGAAUAAGGCCUGGAAGUAUGUGUCAUCGACUCUAAUGGCAAUGCAGGCGCUGGAUUUGGAUAAUUCCCGUGUACACCAGAAGUCCAAUGAACAUGCGCAUCUCCUCCUCAGUGACCUCCUGCCAGGAUACGUCCCUUUCACUGUUGGUUGGCUUUUUGAAAAUGUACAUCGACGCAUGCUUCUGCAGUGAAAAACAACACAAAGAAGCCGCCGCAUGGCACUCCAGAGCGCUAUGUCAAGGUCCACUCCGUGCCGCCUUCACGGAGAGAACUGCUCUUUCUGCAGCCAGUGCUGAAUGCUCCUGCCCGAACGAAGUUGACGUCUUGCAAAUAAGAGCUGUGACCUUUAGUACGCACGGAAUAUGUUUACAUCAACGCACAGCAGCGAUAAAGCGGCCCGAGGAGAGAGUGAAACAUCCGGCGGAUACCUGCUGAUGUUCCGGGACAGUUUGAUGCACUAUCGCUGUCCGUACUGAAGUCUGACGAAUCAGUCAUCUUCCGUGUCUGUACUGCUACCAUCAUCCAGAGACUGACGCUCAGAUUCAUCAGAAUCCAUUGAAAUUCACAGUUUUCGUGGAGCACCCGCGAGCAACGUCGACGCCAUAACCAAAACCACGAGCGCUCACCUCCCCAACUGUGAAGGAGCCUUAAAAGUUCCCCCGCCGUGGAAAAAAGAAACUUAAAAGUGAAACUGAUAAAAUACUGCCUCUAAUACCCUUUAAAUGGCAUUAGCUGUCCAGAACCGCUUAGAGAGCGCCAAAAUUUGAACUUGAAGUCAUCGAUAACAUACUAUCGAUGAGAAUAGGUGCAGUCACGAAAGUGUUAAAGAAAUAUGCAGCACAUUAUAAGGCCUAACAGUCUCGGUUCUUUUUUUCAAGCAAAGAUUGUUAUGGCUCACAGAUAUCUGUGGCAGUGUCGUACAUCAGAAACUCUGUGCCGGCGAGCGCCCAGAAAUGCAACUGUAGAAGGCGCACCAGUCGCAUGCGUAUUUGUACAAGUCACUUUCCAGUAAUUGAUGCUCUUUCGAUCCGUUCCUGAUAUGGCAAUCUGAUCUUUUAUCGAGGUGACUCAUCAUUUCACAUUGCCAUGUUUCAUUGCUACCUGGAUAUGAAUGCAUGACCGUCGUCGUUGCCUGUAGCAAUUGAAGUGUUACGCUGCUAAUCUUGUGGGUGAGGGAGCGCUGUGCAAUAGUAGUACGUCAGGCAUGCACGCACACCCAUUUUCCCGAUAGUGCUCCUGAACUUUUUUUUCUUCUUCUUUCAUCCUAUGGUUGUUUGGGUGCUUCGUAGGCGGGCAAUCAGCAUUAUUUGUGAAUGUUAGUGACGUGAAAAUGCGGAUGUUCAGCUAGAAGUUACAAAGGCAGCAAAUAUUUUCUGGCAUGGACAAGCAAAAAGUAUGAAUUAACCGAACUUAUGCGCUGAGGCAGAUUGAAUUAAGUGGCUUUAGUAUGCAUUGAAAACAUAGCGGGCCGAUGAGAAAAUUAAAAAUUUGUUUGAUUUAUCCGAAAGUUUGAAUGAUCAGAGUUUGAGUUAUUGAGAGCCUACUGUAUAAGGUACAAGAUGUGUGUUGCAUAUGAGCUGAUUAUGUGUGUAAUGCAGAAAUACAUAGCAUGUUUUUGUGCCCUCAGCAUGAGCAUGGCUGGUUGGAGGAAGUGAAAAACCCAAAAGGACGGUGAUAGAGGGAGGGGCCUCUCCACUACCCUCUUGGCCCAAUCCAGAAUCCUGGGCCACCGAGCUGCACAUCGCAUCCUCCCACUGCUCCUUACCCUUAAUAUUAAGAGAUUUAGGGGGUUGAUGCUGAGUACACGCCACGUAAUAGACGUUGGCUCAUUGAUGGUAGAAAAUGCAAAAGGGGGAUGGGUGUAUAAGUUGGACACACACCUACACCACCUAAUGAUAUCGUGGCAACACCCCUGCCUCACGGUGUCAGUCCUCUAUGAAUGUGGCUACCUGGAACAAAGGUCUUUAUUCUCUUAUUGCUAAAUGCAUGAGAACUGACACUUUAUACAGAUCACAAUUUUUUAUAGAAUAGGAAUUUUUAUGCUACCUUCAUUUGGAAGCUACGCUUGUUGCUAGGAACUUGUUAAAAACAACGUGCAUCUUAAUAUUUGAAAAUGCAUAUUGAAUGCAUUGUAUGGUUAACAUCUGUCUACACAAGAGCUGCAACCACUAGGAUUUCACUGCCGUACAUUAUCUUCGUUGUUCAGCGGAAAUGAUUAACUUGAUGUCUCUCUAGUUCACAGCCAUGACUGCAGUUGUAGCUCGGCCACCCAUUAACAUCAAGAUUCAUUGUCUGAAUAUCGGUUGCGUGCUGGAGUAAGUCCGAAAGUGCGUCUUAAAUUUGUAUUAUUUAAGUGCCAUUUCUUGCAGCACAAAGCUAUCCAAUGGGGUACUGCCGCUCCAUGGACUGUAAUUAAUGACUCAGAUUACCCAUUAAGCUGCCUUAUCUAACAGCGUGUAGAGAAAGCUUCAGCAGAAAAUAAGUUUCAUUGGUCCUCCUUCAGUUUGUUAUAGACUUAAAUAAAGAGGGAUUAUUUUAUGUUAACACUUGCGACGCGCUGUUUUUGAACACGAAGACAGACUGAAAAACAACAGGUAGUACACGCACGAGCGCAAACUAACAACUGUUUAUUUGAUGAGAACAUCACACUUGUAUACUGGGUGAAAGAAAGAAAGAACUGAUAGCAUGGGCAAAGCCCACAACAGGAGGACAACCAUCUGCGUCACAUAAUCAAAUCUGUGCCCGUCUAAUAUCUAAAUUCCUUGUAAAAAUGACACCUCAUCAUCGGUCAAAUGAAUCGAUGGUGCACUAACACACUUGUCUUCGCCGAUGUUGCGCAUCGUGAAGGCUUCAAUAAUCUCUCGUUCCCUCGUGUCUUUAGAUCGCGAUACCACUGUGGUGCCCUUGAAGUCUGGCUGACAUUUGCACCUGUUGCGGUGGGUCGCUAAGUUGCCAGGGUGACAAAUGUGCUUAUUAUUGUAAUUAUGCUUGCGUAAACGUGAGGUAAGGCACCUACUGGUCUGUCCAAUGUACCGUUUUCCACAUGAUAAAGGAACACUAAAUACAACAUCUUUUUUUCCCUCAAGAGGGAUUACUAAAUCAGUAGAAAGGGGUAAAAAUAUGCGUUAUUUUUAAUGACAGCAUAUUUGCUGUGGCAGGUGAGGACUUCAGUUGCCAUGUGUGAAACACGAGAUGUAUCUAUAUAUUUAAAACAAAGGCAUUUGGAAUGCACAUCUGCUUUUCCAUCUUGCUUAACCUGAAAGAAAGGCUCUUUAGUUUGUCUAAAUACUUCCCAUCAUAAGUAUAAUUGAGAGCCUCAUGUCACAUUUUGCAACAACCUGAAUUAUGGUGGUGAAUAUAUUUCAUUGUAAUUUGCAGUAUGCACUGUCCAUUCAGUUCAUUUGGGACCACUGUGCUCUGUGCAUUCCACAUUUUCGAACUUCUGUGUCUCCAGUAAUUGCGUUGUCUACUUGAUGCACUCGCACUGUUUCGAUACGCGUCUUUUCCAAGCUUGCUUUUUUGUCUGUGCUGUGCUGUGUGUGAACGAAGUUCUUGGCCAUGUGCCUGCCUAGCUGGUAGAGGGCUAGUUGUUGGAGACUCGGGCUAUUUUGCUUUGAUUCACAAGUUGCACAUGGAACACUUCAGUCUGAUAAAUUAGCUUAAACAUAUCUGUAAGCAAAAGACCAUAUAAAAGUGUGCUUCUCUAUGCAAUCUCAUUGUAAAGGAAGGCUGCACUUUCUUGUAACACUUGCUUGUUCCAGUUUCGCCACUUGUAAAUUUGAAAGUGAUGCUGGGAAAGUACAAAAUAAAUGAGAAAAAGGGCGAGACUGAGUUUUUAAAAUUUUUUGUUAGUCUCAACAUGCAAAGCCAACAGAUAUGGAAGUCUUAGGAAGAAUUGGGAAAACGGCUUGUGUUAAUUCAGAUAUCAAAAUAAGGUGGACAAGAAACAACUUAAGGCAGCUGGCAGUCUAAAGAGCAUUUGCAUUACGCAUGUGGUGCUGUAGUGUCGGUUGUUGUUUACCUUGGCCAUGGCAGUGGGUGGUAGCCCUGGUGCUGCCAAUGUCUUGAGUGCACACAAGAAACCUGGUUUGCAUAAGGGGAUGAUAGGUUGUGUUGCGGAGAAUGUGCACACAGAUGUAGCUUACAGCAAAGAGCAACAAUCAGUUUAUCUAGACUGCCAAAGUAUUUUUUUCAACACCUUAUUUUUAUACAUUUAGCAGAAAUUGUUUAUUACUGAGGAAAGUGAGAGCUAAAUUUCCCAUUUAAACCUUAGUGUGUAUACCUGCAAUUUACAUUUGAAUUCCCAAAUUUGGGCCGUUCCUAUGCAAGAACUGUUUUGUAACUUUCUGCGUCCUUGGUCCUUUUAAAAUGCAGUGUAGUCCCGCUUUGUUAAUAAAUAAUUAACUAGAUUUGAGGUGAUGUCAGUGCCAUCACUGCAAGCUUCUGCAGGAACAAGCACGUGUGGCACAUGUCUUUUGUGAUAUGAGACUUUGCUAUCACAGGAAUGUUAUUCACUAAAGGGGCCUGCAACACUUUUCCAACCAAGUAGCCAUGGAAUGGCUUCAUUAAAGGAGCGUAUUUCCUCACGAACUGACCUCUGCAAAAAUUUUUAGAAUCCGUCCAGUACAAGCGGAGUUACAAAGAUUUAUUGCAGGCUGUAAUUGCUUUCUCUCUUCUCUCGUCCUGAAUAAAGCGCUGGAAGCUAAGCAGCGAGGGGUGGCACGGGGGAAGAAGGUACGUCACGCGCACCUCGUGACCUUGAGCACUUUUUCUUAUUUUUUCUCCUUCGAACGUGCGAAGUACUUUCAGUGCGAUCGCGCGCGGGGGCAAGUGACGGCCUCUCGCGACGGCCGCAGUAACUACCGAGCGCGCCAUGUACAAAUCGGCCGAUGGCGUAGCUAGUGGCAGUGACGCCGUAAGCAUCAUUUUUGUCCAGAGAAAAGGAAGCGCUUUUUAGCUGACUGAGAAUUUAUUGUAAACCCCAGGCCACGUGCUGCGCUAUAAUGUUUGGCUCGCGUGUUCUCGGGUGCCUCGAUUACCUAUCAGCAGCGUUUUCUGACCAUGCUGAAAACGUGUUGCAGGGCCCCUUUAAUGCAGCUUAACACACUGCCAUCAAAGUGCAGUAGUUGAAUCAAUCUAACAUUUUGCGAGAAUUUGGUCAGUUUUAUAUCUAGUUUCCUUGAGCUGCAGUGAUCGAAGAUUCUGAUGUGCAACUAGACCAGCCUGCAUUUAUGUAAAAGGCAGCCAGUUAUGUGCCUGAGUUUGUGCAUGUCGUGGGGCUGAGUUUGUUGUCAAUUGUGAAAGAGUUCCCACACAGUUUGGUGGUUAUGUUACAUAAUGUUUUAUCAUGAGAGAUUACUCUGUGUAACCAUUUUGGAUUGUGUGAUAUAUUCUUGAUUUUAGGACGUGCAACAAAUGAAAACUGCACUAUUUAAGAAGAGCUUAUUUAUUCUCGUGCACAACCUGUUCCACUUUUUUCUCAAAAUAUUUACCCUGUGCCUCUAUGUACAUAGAUACAUUUAACUUAUUUACAUUGUCUCGUUCCACUCCUGUCACAAAGAGCAUUCCUGUGUGUUUGAAGAUGAUGUGUUUUUAUAAAUGUUCCGCUUCCCAGCUCACAUUAUUCCCCUGUCUGGGAGCGUCAAGCUGGCACUUUGCUUCUUUGUUGCAGUCAUAUAUCAGGCCAAGUUCUGGGUAUUUGUUUCUGUUUCUUAGUGCAAGUGUGCUUUAAUUUAUUAAAAGUGACUGUAGUGCCC